AUGAUAAGUGGUAUUCGAGUUAAUGAUAAUUGUGUAACGGAAUUUAAUAACAUGAAGAUUAGGAAGACAUGUGGCUGGAUUAUUUUUGUCAUACAAAAUUGUGAAAUAAUUAUUCAUUCAAAAGGUGCUUCAACAACCUUAACAGAAUUAGUACAGUCCAUAGAUAAAAAUAACGAAAUUCAAUGUGCAUAUGUUGUGUUCGAUGCAGUAAGCAAAAUUCACUUCUUCAUGUAUGCAAGAGAAUCAUCCAACUCAAGAGACAGAAUGACCUAUGCCUCUAGCAAACAAGCCAUAUUAAAAAAAAUCGAAGGAGUUAAUGUGCUCACAUCUGUUAUUGAAAGUGCACAAGAUGUUGCUGAUCUUAAAUAA